AUGCAGGAAGCCCUGACUUGUUCACGUAUUCUGGCGCGAAGCUUGAAACGUCUGGAGGAAAAAAAGGUGGAGUUUGAAAGGCAGCGAGACUACUUAGAUGCCGAAGACAUUCCUGAUGCUGAGUUUCGGACCGCUCGACUCCUCUUGGAUAUCCGCAGAGACCAGUGUGACAGCAUUCACGAGCUGAAGCAGAUAAGGCACAACACGCAGCUGCUGUUGGACAGGCUGGCGCGAUUGGAGGCCUCGCCGAACCAGAACACACAUUCUCUGCAGCCACCUCCAGUCAGGCUGCCGAAGAUGCCCGCAGAAACGCUGGAAGAGUUCGAAGCACUAGAGGAAGCUGUCCAAGAUGAUGAUGUGGCUGCUGCCUUGCGCGAACAUCUUCUUCAGUUCGGGGGCUCCAAUUUACGAGAGGUGGCAACUACCGUGAUGAAGAGGAUUAUGGGUCACAAGGUUCAGCUACUCUAUAGCCUGCAUGGAAAAAAGGGCAAAAAGGCCUUUAUAGACAUGCGGAUAUGCAGCAUUGCAACAGACAUCAUAUGCAGGAAGCAGAAGGCGGACGUUGCAGAGGUGCUCGCAUUCAUACGAAGAUGGCUGCCAGGCUCAAUUGACAGAUGUGGCGGCAGGAAGAGACGUUAUGAGGAAGACGUUGUCGGAGUUGGCAGCAGUCCACUGCAAGGCUCUACACCUGCUUCAGUGGCCAUUGUGCACAGUUCCUCCCAUGUAAAUUUCUAAAAUUCUCUGGACGUGCAACACUUGACACAAGGCAGGAAAAGGUGGGAUAGGAGAUCACCCCCCACCCUGUGAUAUAGUUCCAGCUAAAAAUGUGUUCCUAAGAUGAGGCGAUCCUGGAAUGAGGUGUUCCUAGGAUGUGCUGUUCCAAGGCCUGUGUGGCCUUCCCUUUCCUUGGUAGCUUGUGUGGCUACCUGUAAGUUCAAAGUGCAUGGUUCUGUGAUUCUGUUUUAUGAUUAUAAACUUAAUAGUUUAUGAUCAAGUCUUGUGAUAAAAAAAAAGCUUUUAUGAUUUUAUGUUUUAUAAUUAAUAAACUGGAUGUUCAUUCACUCACUCGUUUGGGUAUCUUUACCAAGGUGGUGGUGGAAGUUUGCACAAACGUGUGAGGCUUCAUUGCCAUGUAACCAUUUGCAAAUCAGAUGUUUGGAAGGCAAAUGCUAUACAUAAUUGUGUGUUAAUGUUAAGCUAUUAGGCACAAUGAAAUGUCUUUUUUUUUGUCUUCGCUGCUUUUGUAGCUUCCUACUGCAGUCAGUUGGAUGACGGUUUUUGUUUCGUUCAACCAUUUUCCGCCUUGUAGGCUU